CACCAGCGCAGGUUCGCUUUCCGGCGGUUGCGCCGGGCCGGGGUGCCAGCGCCCGCCUUCCCGUUUCCUCCCGUUCCGCAGCGCGCCCACGGCCUGUGACCCCGGCGACCGCUCCCCAGUGACGAGAGAGCGGGGCCGGGCGCUGCUCCGGCCUGACCUGCGAAGGGACCUCGGUCCAGUCCCCUGUUGCGCCGCGCCCCCUGUCCGUCCGUGCGCAGGGCAGUCAGGGGCCGGUGUCUCGAGCGGUCGAGGUCGCAGACCUAGAGGCGCCCCACAGGCCGGCCCGGGGCGCUGGGAGCGCCGGCCGCGGGCCGGGUGGGGAUGCCUCUGCACGUGAAGUGGCCGUUCCCCGCGGUGCCGCCGCUCACCUGGACCCUGGCCAGCAGCGUCGUCAUGGGCUUGGUGGGCACCUACAGCUGCUUCUGGACUAAGUACAUGAACCACCUGACCGUGCACAACAAGGAGGUGCUGUACGAGCUCAUCGAGAACCGAGGCCCGGCCACGCCCCUCAUCACCGUGUCCAAUCACCAGUCCUGCAUGGACGACCCUCAUCUCUGGGGGAUCCUGAAACUCCGCCACAUCUGGAACCUGAAGUUGAUGCGUUGGACCCCUGCAGCUGCAGACAUCUGCUUCACCAAGGAGCUACACUCCCACUUCUUCAGCUUGGGCAAGUGUGUGCCUGUGUGCCGAGGAGCAGAAUUUUUCCAAGCAGAGAAUGAGGGGAAAGGUGUUCCAGACACAGGCAGGCACAUGCCAGGUGCUGGAAAAAGAAGAGAGAAAGGAGAUGGCGUCUACCAGAAGGGGAUGGACUUCAUUUUGGAGAAGCUCAACCAUGGGGACUGGGUGCAUAUCUUCCCAGAAGGGAAAGUGAACAUGAGUUCCGAAUUCCUGCGUUUCAAGUGGGGAAUCGGGCGCCUGAUUGCUGAGUGUCAUCUCAACCCCAUCAUCCUGCCCCUGUGGCAUGUCGGAAUGAAUGACGUCCUUCCUAACAGUCCGCCCUACUUCCCCCGCUUUGGACAGAAAAUCACCGUGCUGAUCGGGAAGCCCUUCAGUGCCCUGCCUGUACUCGAGCGGCUCCGGGCGGAGAACAAGUCGGCUGUGGAGAUGCGGAAAGCCCUGACGGACUUCAUUCAAGAGGAAUUCCAGCGUCUGAAGACUCAGGCAGAGCAGCUCCACAACCACCUCCAGCCUGGGAGAUAGGCCUUGCUUGCUGCCUUCUGGAUUCUUGGCCUGCACAGAGCUGGGGCUGAGGGAUGGACUGAUGCUUUUAGCUCAAACGUGGCUUUUAGACACAUUUGUUCAUAGACCCUCUCAAGUGCCCUCUCCGAGCUGGUAGGCAUUCCAGCUCCUCCGUGCUUCCUCAGUUACACAAAGGACCUCAGCUGCUUCUCCCACUUGGCCAAGCAGGGAGGAAGAAGCUUAGGCAGGGCUCUCUUUCCUUCUUGCCUUCAGAUGUUCUCUCCCAGGGGCUGGCUUCAGGAGGGAGCGUAGAAGGCAGGUGAGCAACCAGUUGGCUAGGGGAGCGGGGGGCUCACCAGAGCUGUGGAGAGGGGACCCUAAGACUUCUCGGCCUGGCUCCUACCCACCGCCCUUGCCGAACCAGGAGCUGCUCACUACCUCCUCAGGGAUGGCCGUUGGCCACGUCUUCCUUCUGCCUGAGCUUCCCCCCCACCACAGGCCCUUUCCUCAGGCAAGGUCUGGCCUCAGGUGGGCCGCAGGCGGGAAGAGCAGCCCUUGGCCAGAAGUCAAGCCCAGCCACGUGGAGCCUAGAGUGAGGGCCUGAGGUCUGGCUGCUUGCCCCCAUGCUGGGGCCAACAACUUCUCCAUCCUUUCUGCCUCUCAACAUCACUUGAAUCCUAGGGCCUGGGUUUUCGUGUUUUUGAAACAGAACCAUAAAGCAUAUGUGUUGGCUUGUUGUAAAA